UGACCUGUCCCUGAGGGGAAGCAUGUCGAAGAAAGGCCGGAGCAAGGGCGAGAAGCCGGAGAUGGAGUCCGACGCCAUGCAGGCUGCCAAUGAGGAGCUGCGGGCCAAGCUGACCAGCCUCCAGGUGGAGUUCCAGCAGGAAAAGAGUAAGGUGGGCAAGCUGCGUGAGCGGCUGCAGGAGGCACGGCUGGAGCGGGAGCAGGAGCAGCGGCGGCACACGGCCUUCCUGUCCGAGCUGCGUGCCAAGCUGCACGAGGACAAGACGCGCGAGUUGCAAGCGCUGCGCGAGGCGCUCAUCCGGCAGCACGAGCAGGAGACGGCACGCGCAGCCAAGAUCAAGGAGGGCGAGCUGCAGCGGCUGCAAGCCACGCUGACACUCUUGCGCGAUGGCGCGGCCGACAAGGUCAAGACGGCGCUGCUGGCUGAGGCGCGAGACGAGGCGCGCAGGGCUUUUGAUGGUGAGCGCCUGCGGCUGCAGCAGGAGAUCCUGGAGCUCAAGACCGCGCGCCGGCAAGCGGAGGAGGCGCUCAGCACCUGCGUGCAGGCGGACAAGGCCAAGGCCGCUGACCUGCGCGCCGCCUACCAGGCGCACCAGGACGAGGUGCAGCGCACCAAGCGGGAGAGCGAGCGUGACAUCCGCCGGCUGAUGGAGGAGAUCAAAGGAAAAGACCGUGUGAUCCUGGCUCUGGAGAAGGAGCUGGGGGUACAGACAGGCCAGGCCCAGAAGCUGCUCCUUCAGAAGGAGGCACUGGAUGAGCAACUGGUCCAGGUCAAGGGGACUGAGCGGCACCACGGCAGUCCCAAGAAGGAGCUCCCACCGGGCAUCGGAGACAUGGCAGAGCUCAUGAGUGGCCAGGAUCAGCAUAUGGACGAGCGGGAUGUGAGACGCUUUCAGCUGAAAAUUGCUGAGCUGAAUUCGGUGAUACGGAAGCUGGAAGACAGAAACACCCUCCUGGCAGAUGAGAGGAAUGAACUGCUGAAGCGAAACCGCGAGACAGAGGUACAGCUGAAGCCGCUGGUGGAGAAGAACAAGCGGAUGAAUAAGAAGAAUGAGGACCUUCUGCUCAGCAUCCAGCGGAUGGAGGAAAAGAUCAAGACUCUCACACGGGAGAACGUGGACAUGAAGGAGAAGCUGUCUGCUCAGGCCUCACUGAAGCGGCACACGUCCUUGAAUGACCUCAGCCUCACCCGGGACGAGCAGGAGAUCGAGUUUCUUCGGUUGCAGGUGUUGGAGCAACAGCACGUCAUUGAUGACCUGUGUGUGGAACGAGACCGGCUCCUUCGAUCCAGGCGACAGCGUGGGAGGAGCCUGAAGCCCCCCAAGAAGCAUGUUGUGGAGACAUUUUUUGGAUUUGACGAGGAGUCCGUGGACUCAGAAACAUUAUCUGAGACGUCCUACAACACAGACAGGACAGACCGGACACCAGCCACACCUGAGGAGGACCUGGAGGAGGCCACGCCCAGAGAGGAGUCUGACCUUCGGUUCUGCCAGCUGACCAGGGAGUACCAGGCGCUGCAGCGAGCCUACGCCCUGCUCCAGGAGCAGGUGGGCGGGACGCUGGAUGCUGAGAGAGAGGCCCGGACUCGAGAGCAGCUCCAAGCUGACCUGCUGAGGUGUCAGGCCAAAAUCGAAGACCUGGAGAAGUUGCUGGUGGAGAAGGGACAGGAUUCCAAGUGGGUGGAAGAGAAGCAGCUGCUCAUGAGAACAAACCAGGAUCUGCUGGAGAAGAUCUCCCGGCUGGAGGUGGAAGAGAGUCAGCUGAAGGACGAGAUGCAGGACGCCAAGGACCAGAACGAACUGCUGGAGUUCCGGGUGCUGGAAUUGGAAGAGCGAGAGCGGAGGUCGCCAGCCUUUAACCUCCAAAUCGCCACCUUCCCAGAGAGCAGCGGCAGUGUCCUCGAGCUGUUCUGUCACCAGGAAGGAGUGAAGGACGUGAAUGUGUCUGAACUUGUGAAGAAGUUAGAUAUCCUUGGUGACCAUGGGAAUCUGAGGAAUGAUGAGCAGGUGGCCGUCAUCCAGGCUGGGACUGUGCUGGCCCUGUGUGAGCAGUGGCUGAAGCAGAUUGAAGGCACCGAGGCCGCCCUGACCCAGAAGAUGAUGGAUCUGGAGAAGGAGAAGGACCUGUUCAGCCGACAGAAGGGCUACCUAGAGGAGGAGCUGGACUACAGGAAGGAGGCCCUGGACCAGGCUCACCUGAAGAUCCAGGAGCUGGAGGCCACGCUGUACGAUGCACUUCAACAGGAGCCAGACUGCAGGGUGGGUGGGGGGACACUGAGCGAAGGUCAACGUGAGGACCUGCGGGAUGCUGUGGAGAAGGUGCGUCGGCAGAUCCUGAGGCAGAGCCGUGAGUGUGACAGCCAGGUGCUGCGGGAACGCAUGGAGCAGCUGCAGAGAGCCCAGCAGAGGGUCCGGGAGCUGGAGGACAAGCUGGAGAUGCAGAAGAGGCAUCUGAAAGAGCUGGAGGAGAAGUUUUUGUUCCUGUUUCUGUUUUUCUCGCUAGCAUUCAUUCUGUGGCCGUGA